AAUAUCGGAUCGUUUAGAGGGCCGAGGGCGAGGCUUAACAUGCAUGGCAAGCUCAAGCCACAUGUUGGUUUAAAAAUAUUUCCAAUAAAACCACAGCAGAAGUGAAAAAGGGACAGGAAAUGUGUCGCUUGUAGAUGCUAUUCUGUGCAGUCAGAGCCAUAUCUCCUCAUGCUUCAGCACCAGCUGCUUCACAUUUCACACCUUACUUCACGCGACAACAUCUGCCCGGUGAUCUCAAAGCGGUCGCAAACAACCGUCAAAAAUUUAGAGUGGAAUUACGAUUCAGCUGCGGAUCUGGACAAAUUAAAGCUCGGCAGACCAACGUUCAGAAAUUUACAGCUCGCUGAUCCUCUAAAAGAAAACUGCUGAGUAUUAUUAAACUUACAGCUUUACAGUGUUACUGAAUUCAGUGAGGAUCAACCAUCAUCACAGAUGAUUAAAAUCUCAUGUAGAAUGUAAAACAAGUGGUUCACACUAAUGCUCUUACUCCAUACAGAUUCCAAAAUGUACCAUUUUGUGUGCUUCAUUCUGCUUGUGAGUCUGGAAGGACUAAGAGCUCAGGAAAAUGGAACUACCAUCGAAGCAUCUACAAGCCUCUUUACAAACAGUCCCACAGCAGAUUUUGUGACCAGUUCAUACAGACCAUCCAAUACUCCCAAACAAACAUCUACAACGAAGUCCAGUUCCAUCAGUACUAGCAAGCAAACGGCAGUUCAGCCUACGACCAGUGACCAAACAGGCUGCCUAUUCAAUCUCAAGGACAUGACGAAAAUGACACUAUUGUUGAUCAUUGUAUCGCUCAUACUAAUCUGCCCUUUUUUGCUGGUGAUCAUUAUGUGCCUGGCCCGCAGAUGCUGCCGACGCGGAAGUAGCAGCAAGAUGGUCGUGACGAAAUCGCCCACGACCAGCAGGCGAAACAGUGCAAAUGGUGGGCCUUCUGAAACUGAUAUACUGUUGAAGGACAGCAACUUGGUGAAAGUGGAGAUUGAGACAACUCCAGACAAGCCACAGGAGCCAGAGGAGCUGGGAGGAGCAGCAGCCGAAGUCGGAAACCAGGUCUCCACUGACGAGAACAAAAAUUCAGCCAAUGACACCAGUGAGACCGCACCCACCCAAGAAGGCGAUCAAUCCGACGGAACAGAUCCGAAGACGGAAGACUUGGAAAAGGAAACGGAAAAGGCAGAAUAGGGAUCAUGCUAGUAUCACCAAAACGACACGCGCAGCUCUGACUGCCGGUGGAAUCGAGUUCAAAGCCAAAUUCUGUGUAUGCGUGUAGUUUCGCUUUUGUUUCUGGGCAAACCAAUUUAUCAGAACUUUGUGCCGAAUUUAGAGAUGACUUUAAAAAUAACGUACUGCUUAUGUGAAAGUGAUAAAUGGUGCAAAAACCAAAUCACUGUUGGAAAUUCCAAGUUCUACUCUGAGUUGUAAUGUAUAGAGUUGAAUCUUUGAACUGUGGCAAGUUCACUGAAGAUGUAUAUUUACACAACAAUGUAAUUUUGGGGUUUUUUUUUUUUUUUAUUUCCAUAUGUUGCUUAGUUGUCUAGUCUCUUUUUAAUCUGAUUCUGUAACCUGGC